AUGAAGGAUUUAGGUCCCUUACGUUAUUUCCUUGGCAUUGAAGUUGCAUCUUCCCCUAAAGGUUAUCUCCUUUCUCAGUCUAAGUAUGUCGCUGACGUUCUUCAAAAAGCUCGUAUUACAGAUACUAGAGUGGCUGAUACGCCUCUUGAGCUCAAUGUGCGUUAUUCUCCAUCUGAUGGUACCCCUUUGGAUGAUCCUACUCUUUAUCGCACUAUUGUUGGGAGCUUGGUUUAUCUCACUAUUACUCGCCCUGAUAUUGCCUAUGCUGUUCAUAUUGUUAGUCAGUUUGUCUCUUCUCCCACUACUCUUCACUGGGCUGCUGUGAUUCGUAUUUUACGCUAUCUUCGAGGGACAUUGUUUCAAAGCUUAUUGCUUCCUUCCACCUCCACUUUGGAGCUUCGAGCCUUUUCUGAUGCUAGUUGGGCUAGCGAUCCUUUUGAUCGGAAAUCUACUACUGGUUAUUGCAUUUUUCUUGGUGAUUCUCUUAUCUCCUGGAAGAGUAAGAAACAAUCAGUUGUUUCUCGUUCUUCUGCUGAGGCUGAGUAUCGUGCUAUGGCCUCUACUGCUGCUGAAAUUGUUUGGCUUCGGUGGUUGCUUCAAGAUAUGGGUGUUUCUCUCUCUAUGCCUACUCUUAUGUAUUGUGAUAAUAAAAGUGCCAUUCAAAUUGCUCACAACUCUGUCUUUCAUGAGCGCACAAAGCACAUCGAGUUGGAUUGUCACUUUGUUCGCCAUCAUUUCCAGCAAGGCACUAUCUCUCUUCCUUUUGUCUCCUCCACCAUGCAAUUGGCCGACUUCUUCACCAAGUCUCACACUCUUGCUCGCUUCCGCUUUCUUCUUAGCAAACUCUCGAUGCUUAAUACUGUAACAUCGUGA